AUGAAAAUCCUAAUCUGGAACAGCCGGGGGCUUGGGAACCAACGUGCAGUAGAUGUCCUCUCUCACCUUGUGAAGGAAAAAGCUCCCAAAAUUUUGUGUCUCAUGGAAACAAAACAAUCAGUUGAUGAGAUGCGAAAAAUUCAAGCAGACUUACCAUACCGGUGUAUGCUAGCGGUUCCAAGUAUUCAUAGAAGCGGUGGGUUAGCCCUAUUUUGGAUGGAGGAGAUAGACUUGCAUAUCCAAACUUUCACUCUUCAUCACAUUGAUGCUCUCAUAUUCAAUGGCCUAAAUAUCUCAUGGAGAUUGACAGGUUUCUAUGGUUGGCUGGAUGGACAAAGUAAACAUGAGUCAUGGCAGUUACUCAAGCACCUUCACACUAGAAGUUCAGCUCCUUGGAUUUGUGUUGGGGAUUAUAAUGAGAUCAUGGCAUCAAACGAGAAGCAAGGAGGAUUUCCAAAACAAUUGAACCCGAUGCAGUUUAUUUUGCCGAAUGUGAUUUCUAAUGCCCAAAGUGCUUUUGUACCAGACCGUCUAAUCACUGACAAUACCACUGUAGCAUAUGAGUUACUUCAUAGGCUGCGAAACAGGAGGAAGGGAAAGAAGGGGCAGAUGGCAGUGAAGCUGGACAUUAGCAAAGUCUAUAAUAGGGUGGAAUGGGUCUUCUUACAACAAAUGAUGAUGAAAUUGGGCUUUGCUCCUUCUUGGGUCCAAUUGGCAAUGGAGACAGUGACCACAGCUUCGUACUCAGUUCUAAUAAAUGGAGAGCCAAAGGGUUUUAUCACUUCUACUAGGGGGAUACGACAAGGUGACCCUCUCUCACCAUAUCUAUUCCUCAUGUGUGUGGAUGGCCUUUUAGCCCUAGUGAGAAAAGCAGGGAAGACAGGAGGGUUAAAAGGAAUCAAAUAUAGCCAAAAUGGAGUAUGGGUAUCUCACCUCCUCUUCGCUGACGAUAGCCUUUUAUUUUGUCAAGCAACAAUGGAGGAAAGCCAAAAACUAUUACAGUUGUUGGCACAAUAUGAGGCUGCAUCUGGUCAAGCAAUCAAUAGACAAAAGACUUCCCUCUUUUUUAGCAAGAACACGAAGCCGGAGGUAAAAGAGCAAAUAAAACAACUAUUUGGGGCAAGAGUUAUGACAGAAUGUGAAAGAUAUCUUGGGUUGCCAAAGGCCACAAGUAAAUCAAAGGUUAACACCUUUAAAGACUUACAAGAAAAAAUCACCAAGAGAGUCAUGGGAUGGAAAGAAAAAACUAUUUCAAACGCAGGAAGAGAAGUUCUUAUCAAAACUGUGGCCCAAGCGAUACCUACAUACUCCAUGAGUCUAUUCAAACUACCAUCUUCCAUUUGCGACAACAUCAAUUCCAUGAUGGCCAAAUACUGGUGGGGUCAAAACCAAGAUGAACGGAGGAUACACUGGAUCAAUUGGACAAAACUGUGCACUGCAAAGAAGGAAGGAGGACUGGGUUUCCGUGAUCUUCAUGCUUUUAGCCUAUCUAUGUUGGCAAAGCAAGCGUGGAGAUUAAUCGAGGAAAAUCAUUCUUUAAUUUACAGAGUGUACAAGGCACGUUAUUUCCCAAACUCAUCUUUCAUGAUGGCUGAGCUAGGGAAUAACCCCUCCUUUGUGUGGCGCAGUCUAUUAUCAGCAAGGGAUGUCAUUAAGGAAGGCACUAGGUGGAAAGUGGGAGAUGGCCGUAGAAUUGGAGUAUUCACACACUCAUGGCUAUCACGCACCCCUGUAACACGAAUUGAAGUACCACCAGAUAUGAAGGUUUGUGAGCUAAUAGACCAAGACACAAGACAGUGGGACCGGGGAAAAGUAGUUGCCAUGUUCACUGCCCAAACCAGGGAUGAAAUCCUCUCCUUGCCACUCAACAACACUAAUGGCCAUGAAUCUGUUAUUUGGAUGGAAAACAGGGCAAAAAAAUUUACGGUGAAAUCAGCAUACAAGGUGGCCUAUAGACUGCGACAUCAUCACAAAGCAGAGCACUCAGCAGCCAGAAUCCACGGAUCCACUUGGAACAUGAUCUGGACGCUAAACGUGCCGCCAAAAGUGCGCACCUUUAUAUGGAGAGCUUGCUCAAAUUGCUUGCCUACACGGGAUAAUCUACGCCGCCGUAGAGUGAGCAUAGACCAGACUUGCGAAAUGUGUAAGCAGGAACCCGAGACCACCUCCCAUGUACUUUGGACUUGCCCAUUUGUAAGGAAUGUAUGGGCUCUGGUCAAAGGAAGAAUUCAGAAGAGCAGCAACGGUGUAGACAAUUUUUUCCUCCUAUUUAGACAGAUGCAAACAAAAGUAAGCAAGCAAGAACUGGAAUUAUGGGCGACCACGACCUGGGCAAUAUGGAACGCACGAAAUAAGGUAAUCCUGGAAGGGGCGACGGGCUUGCUUGAAGAAUAUCAAAGUCUGAUGGAAACACAAAGGAUAGAUUGA